UCACUCUCUCUCCUCCCCCGAAACUGCAACCCCUCCCCCCCCCCCCCCCUCUCUCUCUCUCAAUAAUCAGAUCGAAUCUUCAUUCGUUUCUGAGUUCUGGAGCUUCAAUUCAACUGUCAAUCACAUUCAUUCAAGCUUCUGCCAUUCUCUUUCCGAGAGUGAUUGAUAAUCGGAAAUGAAGGACGACGACGCCCUACCAAUAUCGACGCCGACGGCACAUUCAGCAUUAACUACGACAAUCAUUCCAAAGAAAGAGUCCUCCGAUCCGACCGCGGCCAGAGGCCGGGGCUACAAGUUCUGGGCAUUGUCUGCGAUUUUGCUGUUAGCUCUAUGGUCCAUGUUCACCGGCACCGUCACUCUCCGCUGGUCGGCCGGCAACCUCAACCACAUCUCCGACGAUUUUGAAGUCUCCCUCCACCACGAUUUCGACGUCCUUGAAACGGAGGAGAGGGAGAAGCUGGUGAAGCACUACUGGGAUGUUUACACGAACAGCCGGCGGAUCAGAUUGCCUCGGUUCUGGCAGGAGGCCUUCGAGGCUGCCUACGAGGACUUGACUAGCGAGGAUCUUGGCGUUCGCGACGCUGCUAUCUCCGAGAUCGCUAAGAUGUCCUUUCGUACCAUUGAUUUCGAGCCGGCUCCUUUACAAUCAUCGAUCAUAAAAGAAUUCAGAUUAAAGCAGAAAGCGAGCGGCAAUAAGGAUGUUACUUAUCGAGGGGGUAGACUAUGACUUGAAGAAGUUUCAGGAUCCAAGCCCCACAAGUUUUUGUUCCUUAUACUCAACUCAUUAAAUUGCUGACGCGCAGCCAAAUUUAAGUGGAAGGUAGUUUUCAGCAAGAAGUGGUAAUACUCAGUUCCAUCACGCCUCAUAACAGGGCCCAGAUUGUAUUUAUUUGGUUCUUAUUCUUCCAUUUAUUUGUUUUCCCCUUUUUAUCUUUCACUGCGCUGCCACUGCGACAUUGGGAAAAGCGAAGAGAAACAUUGUUACCUUUCAAGUAAGGGAAUUUAUUUUUUCCAAGCGGUCUCUUGUAAAAAUUAAAGUGAGAAAAGCUUGCCAUACUUUUAAGACUUUCCUGGCCUGGGAUAGUGCUUCGUAGUUUUGCACAAGGAUGGAUACUACUUAGCUUCUUCUCCAUGGAUAUUCAAUUUACUUGCUAUGUUUCUUUAACUUCAGUUAUCGCAA